UGAAACAGAAGUGAAACUGAAAUGUGUUACUAAUUUCAUCUCCAAGUUCUUCCAAAGUUUUUUUGUGUCUUUUUGUGGUAAUUAUUUUUUUCCUGAAACGUAGUGUUAAUUUUAUACCGGUUCGAUCGGUUGUAUCUCCAUUAAGAAUGGGAAGACAUAGAAUUUAAAAUUAAUUUUUCUCAAAAAGUCUGUGUGUAUUAUUAUCAAGUCAAAAUCAUCAGUUGUCUUUUUUUAACCCCAAAAAAAGAAAAACAAAAAGAAUGGCAGAAAAUUUGGGCAAACGUCCUUCGAAAGGGAUUUUAAAGACAUCAAGCAGCUUUGACAACCAAGAAGCACCAAGAGCAAGCAAAGAAACAAAAUGGGAUGAAAUGAAUAUUAUUGCAACUUUACAUCCAGCGGACAAAGAUUAUGGUCACAUGAAAAUAGAAGAACCAAAAACCCCAUAUAAUUAUGCGGCAGUUAACGAUAAUGACAUGGAUCAUCUUGACUCAUCUGCAGUUGCAUCAAAAUUAGAAAAAAAUGUAAAGCCAAAAAUUUUCGAAGAAUCGAGUGACGAGGAGGAUGAAGAAACUCCUGAUGAAAGAGAAAAGAGGAAAGCAUUUGAGGCGAAAAGAAAGGGACAUUAUCGAGAAUGGGAGGCGGUACAAUUAGCAAGAAAAAAACUUCUCGAGGAAGAUGAAGAUGAGGAGGACGAGGACGAAUUAUUAGAAGAGACGGGCGGCGAUGAUGAAAAUAAUUCAAAGACACAAUCUAAGUGCGUGCCAUCAAGUGCAAGUGAGAAUGAGAGAAAGUCAGAAUGAUUAAAAUACCUUAAGAAUAAAUGCAUUAGAAAGCAUGCCGAUUCGUCCAUAGAGAUAUUUUUAGAUAAAAUAUCUUUCUAUCUUUGUUUGUGAUUUUCUUUGCAUUAUAUCUACAUUUCAUGUCUUAUGAGAGAAAAAAAAAAAUUACAAAUCAAACAAAACAAUUACAAAAUUGCUAUAGUAAUUUAAAAUAGUUAUUUAUUAUCGAAAAUUAAAAAUAUAUAGUCUCUUUUUUCGAAUCUUAAAAUGUUCACAAAUUUUAACUUCAAAUAAGAAGCAGGAUACUUCCCAAAAAAGCGAUUUAAAUCUAGAAGUAGUUUAAGCAUGAUAUUGUUUUUUUUUAAAAGGACGUCACUGAAAUAUGUAUUUCAGUGGAGGACAAUUAUCAUUUUUGAGAUAAUUAGUUAAACAAUAGUUAUUCCAGAAUUUCCCCCGAAAGAAAAAAAAAUAUCAAACACCAACUCGUUAAAAAAAUAGGUUUAAUCAAAAAAAAAAAAGAAAAAAAACGUGUUAAAAAGAUUAAAUAGUCGACAGAUUAGUAAUUUCGUGAUAGGAAAAAUUCGAGUCAGUAUAUAUAUAUAUAUAUAUAAUCGCGAAUUGACCUUGAAAUAAGGAGAGAUGUAAUUUUUACAAAUUUUAUUGUUUUUGUUGUAAUCGAUAUGAUAGUAUAUUUUUGUGUUGUAAAUAACAACAGUGCAAAACCCCAACUAGAGAAUGUUGUUGCAUUCUAAAAAUAGAAUUUAUAGAUACAAAAAAAAAAGAUUAUUGAUUUUCUGUCAUAAAUGUUCAAAAAAAGAGAAACAUUUUUUUUUCUCUUUAGAAAAUACAUCAUAAUAGUAAUUUGUUUAAUGAAAAAAAUUAAUUAAAAAUAAGUUAUAGUGUACUAUAUUACAAUGAUUAGCAAAACUACUGAAUUAAUCUAAUCGAAAUUAGUCUAAUUUAAAUGAUAGUUUAAUGAUAAAUAGUUUAAGUCACAUUUUUAUGGACAGAGAGCACUCGUCGUAUUAUGAAUGAUAAAAAAAAAUAUGGAGUUAUGUAUAUUUAACCUAAGUUUUUUAAUUAAAACUUAAGUUAAUUUAAUUUUUUUUUACUAUUAUUGAUGUUGAUUUUUUCAUGUCUACGAUUUUUGGACAGAAAUCACGAGAAAAGAAAUAAUUAUUUUUUCGGAUGUUUGCACUGUGCUGCGUGUAUGGAACAUCACAAGAAAACUAAGUAAUUUUCUACGCUGCGAAUUUUUUUUUGUUAUUUAUAUAUAUAUACCUACAUGGACUCGUGAGAUUUUUUUCUCCACUUUUUACAAAAAAAAAAAAAAAAAAAAAAAGAAACUGUCUUCUUUUAUUUACAAGGUUAAUAAAUUAUUUUAUGAAACAUU